CGUAAAACAACUCGUUCGUUUGUAAAUUUGGACCGCCGCGGUGCAUUCUGGGAAUGGGAAACGACUGGGUUAUUCUUCCGGUUUGAAGAGCGGCGUCCAUCGUCAACAUCGCAGUGUCUUCAAAUGUAUCAACACUUUUCAUAGGUCGCUUAUCUGAGGGCCCGAGCUGUGAUGAAUGUCACACAAUGAGGUCACACAAGCACAGGAGGAUUCCCGUCGGUGGCAAGCGAAAUGGUGAGAGUGCGGUCAAUGUUUGUGCAGAAUGAGCAGCUUGAUGUCCCACUACACCAGCCACAACAUUACAGCCACCUGCCACAUCUGCAACAUCACCUUCCGACAUUUGUCAACGCUGUCCUUACACUUGGACAAUGCACACUGUCCGCCGGUGUGCUGGAAGUGCUCUCAGUCUUUUAGUAACGUGUGGGAGCUUAACAAACAUGCGGAAGAGCACUGCUCGGGCUCAAUGGACGAAAGGAGUGACCUAGCGUCAGACAUGGAGCCAGCGACGAGCCUGGAGAAGUCUGGAAACUGCGCAGACUACAAACCGGGAAGACCCCUCGACUCUGAUGACGUGAGCACAGAUGAGUCAACAAGCAGUGCCACUGGUGAUGAUAUUGACUUUGAUUUCAAAGCAGCUCAAGGUGAUCUCAGUGAUGCAGAAUCAGAUGAGGACACAAACUCGAGCUCGACGGAGUCCGCUGAUUUUGCAGACCAUGCCAGUAGAGGCAAGUCCAGCCUCCCUGCUAUCAAGGACUCCAUUUGCAAAGAAUGUGGCCGAGGCCCCUUCAGGUCCAUUAAGCUGCAUCUGCGUCACUGCACCAGCCUGUUGGGCAAAACAUUUCAAUGCUUUCGCUGCGAGAUGUUCUUUCCUAACGAGGCGGCUCUCAAGGAGCACCGCACUUUCUUGUACUCAUGUGACGUCUGCGGCCAGGUGUUCAGUAACUGGGACGCGCACCAUCAGCACCAGCCUCCCAACCGAGGCCGCUUGUGCUUGAUCUGCUUCUGCUCUGAAUCCAUGCCCAAAGCGUGUGCCAUAUGCAAAUCCUUCUUUGUCAAUGAAAAGUUCUUGUUGGCCCAUGUCACCAGAGUUCACACGUCGGUGGUCAGCACCAAGUUGUGCAUCAUCAACAAACCGUUGGGCUUGACGGACAAUGAGGUGUCGAUGAAUGUGGUCACAAAGACGACUCCCAAGGUCGUCGUCAACACCAAACACAUCAUUGGACAUGGACAGCUCCCUGCGGACCACACAUAUUCUUUUUCUGAUGAGGUUGAGACAAGCCACCCUGACCCAUCAUGCUCAGCUCCACUACCCACAAUUCUGGCCUUGUUGGAAAAUCAAAGCCAGGAGUUGGCCUCGACAAAGCGCACAAACACUCGCCGGUGUUCCAGGAUGCUGCGCACCUGCCGACAGUGCGGCACCAUCCUUCGGCAGCCCUAUCUAGCCAUUAGCCAUCGCUACCUCCACCGAGGGAGCCGCUCGCACCGGUGCCAGUGCGGCCGGGCCUUCAAGCACCGGCUGCACCUCCUGCGGCACUGUGUGCAGCAUGCCGAGGCCAAGAAUUAUAUCUGCGUCAACUGCGGCAACACCUUCACCGGAGCUAGACUCUUAGCCGAGCACUUGAAGGGAAAGACAUGGAAAAAGAAACAAUGCCGGGGAAGGUGCAGGAUGCCCCUUGCAUGCAGCUGUGGGCAUUUCUUUUAUCGGGCAUCUGCCUACAUAUGGCAUCAGAUUAAAAACAAUGUGAAAACCAGACAUUUUGAAAACAUCUGUAAAUGACAAUCUCUAAUACAAAAGUGUUGAUGAAUAAAAGGAUGUCUUACACGUGAUUUCAAUCACACUGUUCAUUAAAAUGCUUAUUUAUGAUGAAA